UAUUUUUUCUUAACUCCAAACCCUAAUUUUUUUCCCCCUCUUUCUUUCUUUUUUGUUCUUAAUUUCAAACACACUGUGAAUGAAAUAAUCUUGAUGGACAUUUCUGAGUUUUUAAAUUUUGAUAAUCUCGAAGAGGAGAGUAGACCUAUUAAAUCGGAGUCGAAUCUUGGUGGGAAUAGUUAUAGUGAUGCCCCGCCGCAUAAAAAGUCCAAGAUUCAGGGUGUAAGACAAGAUGCUUAAGAAAACUGGAGCUCUAGUGGUGUAAGUGUGUUGGAUCAAGAACAAUCACUAGUAGACGACGCAAACCUUUGUUCAACAUCGCCAGUGUGUGCUGCACCGGUUUGUAGACAGUUUUGGAAAGCUGGAACCUACAAUGAUGAUCUUGCUCCUAAGUCAACAACUAAACCGGGUUCUAGUUAUCUACACAUACACCCAAAAUUCCUUCACUCAAAUGCUACUUCUCACAAAUGGGCAUUUGGUGCCAUAGCCGAGCUGAUUGACAAUGCGGUGGACGAGAUACAAAAGGAGGCUACAUAUGUAAUUGUAGAUAAAGUAAUAAGCCCAAGAGAUGGAAGUACAGGCUUGCUAAUUCAAGAUGAUGGCGGUGGGAUGGACCCAGAAGCGAUGCGCCAUUGUUUGAGCUUUGGGUUUUCAGAUAAGAAGUCAGAGUUUGCAAUUGGGAAGUAUGGAAAUGGCUUCAAGACCAGUACUAUGAGGCUUGGAGCAGAUGUGAUAGUUUUUACCCGCUACUUAACUGGAAGUUCAUUGACCCAAAGUAUUGGACUUCUAUCAUAUACAUUUUUAACUCAAUCAGGCUAUGACAGGAUAGUAGUCCCAAUGGUUCACUACGAGUGGAACUUUAUGACAGGCACUUUUGAUCCCCUAUAUCCACAAAGUAAUGAAAACCCAAACUCAAACCUAUCUGUCAUCUUGAAAUGGUCUCCAUAUUCAACAGAAGAGGAACUAUUGAAGCAGUUUGAAGAUGUUGGUUCUCACGGAACAAAAGUCAUUAUAUACAAUUUAUGGCUUGAUGAUGACGGGAAUUUGGAGCUUAAUUUUGACUCUGAUCCUGAGGACAUCCUUAUUACCUGGGAUGGAAAAGGUAAAAUGAAAGAAGGUUCCCGUAAGGCAGCGACAGAUCAGCACAUCUCUAAGCAGCUUCGUUAUUCUCUUCGUACAUACCUAUCCAUCUUGUAUCUAAAAUUACCCGAGACUUUCACAAUGGUACUGCGAGGGAAAGUUGUUAUGUAUCAUAAUAUUGCUAACGAUCUGAAGCACACGGAAUAUAUCUUGUAUAAACCUCAAAGUGACAGAGGUUCCGAGGGUGCGGUGGUUACAACGAUAGGCUUUGAUAAGGAGGCUCCAAAUGUGAGCUACCAUGGUUUUAACAUCUACCAUACGACCCGUUUGAUACUGGCAUUUCAGCCGGUUGUCCAAUAUGCUGACAGUCGAGGCAGAGGUGUUGGAAUAGUAAUGCGGGUCAUAAUAGGAAUGCGGGUUAAAUUGGUGCGACUUAACGCGACCAAGUUAAUAGAAACGGUAGCUAGAUCGGUCUAGAAUGGUCUAGCUUGGUCUAGGUCGACCUUGGGAGGUCUAGCUAGACCUCAAUGGGCCGAAAUGAUUAUGGGUUCGUGUCUUGAGUAAUAGCUUCGGUCCAUAUUCGAUUAGUAUAAAUAGGAGAUUAAACCUUAUGCUUAAGAAAAAUCUCUCUAGUUUGUUUUCGGUUUAAGUAAGCUCGUGUGUUAGUUGUAAUCGUUAUUACCGAAUUAAUACAAAGCUUCGUAUUAUUCUCA